UUCAGGUCUUCUCUGUUAUUCUAUAACUAGAGACCUGUUGAUUAAUAACAAAAUAUAUGAACAGUGAAAUUCAACUUAUUUUUUUUAAUCAAUUGGAACAAUUUUAUUAUUCAAAACAACUUUCAACAAAAAGGAUUAUAGCAGAACAUUGAACUACAACGCUCCCUAAUGGGAGGGAGCAACGCAAUACUUUUGACUGUGGCCGUUGUUUUAUUGAUAACAGCGGCCACAGCUCAAAACUUAAACUGCACAUUUGAAACGGACUUUUGCGCCUGGACACAAAGUACAACUGACCAACAAAACUGGGCACGAAUCAGUGGAAAAACUCUUACAGAUAAUACAGGCCCUAAUGGAGACCACACCACGUCAAAUGGGUAUUACAUCUAUCUUGAAACUUCAGUUGGUAACGUAGGCAGUAAGGCUCAGCUCCUGAGUCCGACCAUAACAGUACCUGCUUCAAGAGGGUGCCUACAGUUUUGGUAUUCUAUGUAUGGUGAACAUGUGGGUGACCUUACAGUGUACAGUGUCGUCGGGCAGAGUAAUACCAGACUGUGGACAAGACAUGGUAACAUGGGAUUGCCAUGGAAACAGGCCUUCGUUGAUGUACCUGCGGGAGUUUAUAUGAAGCUGAUGUUUGAGGCUACUAGAGGAAAUGGUUUCUUGGGAGAUAUAGCAAUUGAUGAUAUUAGCUUCUCAUCCAAUGGUAUCUGCCAAGGAGCUGGUCUAGGCUGUGAUUUUGAGGGCAGUGAUAUGUGCGGCUAUGUCAACAAUCCCACCAGCGUCAACAAGUGGAUCUGGGGAAGUGGUUCCACGUCGUCUUCAGUGCGACCAGACAGAGAUCAUUCUACAAGAACAGUAGGAGGACAUUAUGUUUACGUGGAUUCUUCAAUGGCAACUCCAACAACUAACUCAAAUACGCAUGCUCAGCUGAUGACAAAGAGCAUCUCAGGAGAUAGACAACGAUGCCUACGAUUUUUUUACAGCAUGGGUGGUGCUCAUCCGGGUAGCUUGAACAUUUACACAAAAAAUGCGACACUAGGAACAGCUCUGUGGGCGCUUCGUGACUUCAAUGGAGCAGGAUGGAUGACUGCAGAAGUUAAUCUACCAGCAAGAUCGACAGCCUACCAGGUUGUCUUUCUUGUACAAGUGUAUGCAACACACUCAGGGGCAAUAUCAAUUGACGAUGUUAAUAUUUUAGAUGGAUCCUGCAGAAAUCCAGCAACAUGCAAUUUUGAGCAGAGUGAUUUGUGUACCUGGUCUAAUGAUCAAGCUGAUCAAUUUGAUUGGAUCAUCAAUCGUGGAGGUACCAGCACAUCAGAUACAGGGCCUAGUAAUGAUUUUACAUAUGGAAACUCUACAGGCCAUUACAUUUACAUUGAAUCAUCCAAUAGAAAGCAAGGAGAUGCGUCACGGCUCUACAGUGAUGUCAUACCAAUUUUUUCAAGGCCUGCUUGCUUUAACUUUAUGUACCACAUGAAAGGCAGUGAUAUAGGAACAUUAAAUUUUUAUGUCAAAUAUGGACUGACAACCAUGAAGGUUUGGACUCUAUCUGGAGAUCAAGGCACUAGUUGGAACUCUGCAAGCUUUCCUUUGCCCAUUGGUGCACGAUAUUCUAGAUCACAGAUCUUGAUAGAAGGAAUUACAACAGCAGGUUAUAAAGGUGAUAUUGCUUUGGAUGACCUCAGUUUAACCACCAUUGUUUGUCAAGUUAAUCCCCCAGCUGCUAACCCAUUAGCUAUUUCUACAACAAGAGCAACCACUAGAUUUACAGGCUCUACAACUAUUCCACCAAACUUACCCACUGUAACCUGUAACUUUGAGGGAGGCUUCUGUGGCUGGACACAAAUGACUGGUAAUAAUGCUAACUGGACAAGAUUUAGAGGGAGCACACCAACAGGAUCAACUGGCCCCACAGGAGAUCACACAACAGGCAAUGGCUAUUACAUUUAUUUGGAGGCAGAUAAUGCUAGAUAUAAUUCUAAAGCAAGACUCCAAAGUAUCACUAUCACUCCACGCCAGAAUCAACAGUGUUUCAGUUUUUGGUAUUUAAUGAAAGGUGCCAGCAUUGGAGCGUUGAAUAUCUAUGUUAAAUUACCCUCUCAGACUAUGCAAAGUUUAACUCCCCUUUGGAGAAGGUCAGGAGCUCAAGGAAAUGCAUGGCUUAAAGAUUCAUUGACUAUUCCAGUUGGCUCUCCCUAUGCGGUUGUUAUAGAAGCAGUGAGAGGCUUAUCUGUUUUAGCGGAUAUUGCAGUAGAUGAUGUCAGCUUAGUAGAUGGCCCAUGUGCAGAUGUUACUACAACAAGAUCACCAGGGGCCAGCACUGUGACACCAGCCGUGGGUGCUGCUAUUCACAAUUGUGAUUUUGAAGAUGGAACUGCUAUGUGUGGUUUCACUCAAGACGUACAUGAUGACUUUAAUUGGGGCUUGACAAGCCAAGGCACUGGAACUUUACAGACUGGUCCCACCAAUGAUCAUACAUAUCAGACACCAUUAGGCCACUAUGCUUUCAUCGAUGCAUCUAAUCAGCGAAUUGGUGCCAAAGCAAAACUAGUAUCCCCAACAUACAAUGAUUAUGGCAAAGGUGACCUCUGUUUGCAUUUCUUUUACUAUAUGUAUGGGGAUGGUGUAGGAACAUUGAAUGUAUAUGUUCAGCCUGUCAGCCAAAGUGUACUUGGACAACCUUUGUGGAGAAUGUCUGGUAAUCAAGGGCAACGUUGGAUUGUAGGGGCAGUCCCUCUUCAUACAGGGAGUCUGAUAUCAGGAUAUCAGAUAAUUUUUGAAGGAGUAAGAGGAUCCAAUUUUCGUGCUGAUAUUGCUAUUGAUGAUAUAACUGUUACUGUUGGUGCUUGUCCCAAUCCAGGUGCAUGUGAUUUUGAGAAUGGUCGAUGCAGUUGGACUAAAGAUAGAACUAGCACGCUGGACUGGGGCUCUUUGAAUCCUGAUACAGCCAAACUUACACCCCCUAUUGAUCACUCCACAAGUAGUGCAAGAGGUACAUUUCUGUUCUUGUUCAGUCAGACAGCCCACACAGCUGGAGAUAAAGUGGGUCUAGUUAGUGAAACUUUCCCACCUACAAGUGCACGUUGCAUGAACUUCUGGUACUUCAUGAGUGGCAAUGUUCAGUCCUAUCUCAACAUUCUUAUAACAACACCAGGCUCAUCUAAUGUAAGAAUGGUGUGGCAACUUAAGAACCAAAAUCAAGGACCAUCCUGGCGUCAAGCCAGAGUACCUAUACCUUCUAUUGCUGCAGAUUAUUUCAUUACCAUCCAAGGUGUAUAUGGUGCAGAUAUGCCUAAUCCUAAUGGUGGUAUUGGAAUUGAUGACAUCAGUUUCCUUGGCUAUAGUUGUGCUCUAUUCCCUCCAAAUGCUGUACCAAGCGUUGGCCUGCCUAUAAAUACAACACCAUCUGUAAGACCUCUACAAGGUUCCCCUAACUGUGACUUUGAAUCUGGUAUAUGUGCUUGGAGACAAGAUACUACUGAUGACUUUGAUUGGACUUCACGAUCUGGGCAAACACCAUCUGGGGGAACAGGACCGAUAGGAGAUCAUAGCAAGUCUGAUGGAUCUGGGAAAUACAUUUACAUAGAAACAUCAGCACCACAAAGACCUGGCCAAAAAGCUCGGCUUAUAUCACCCGAUAUUGGUGCAGGAAGUUACUGUGUCCAGUUUUAUUAUAAUAUGUUUGGACAAACUGUUGGCAACUUAAACUUGUAUGUUAUGACUGGGCUUGUACUUCCUACACCAUUGUGGUCCAAGAGUGGAACUCAAGGGCAAGCUUGGAAAUAUCAAAGUGUGGAUGUUUCUUCUAGCAGAGUAUUUAAUAUUGUGUUUGAAGGCACUGUAGGUUCCAGCUAUUCUGGUGAUAUAGCUCUUGAUGAUAUCUUGGUUACUAAUGGAACAUGUUCCAGUGUUGCCUUUGCCUCAGGAAACAUUUACAACAGCACAUGUACUUUUGAAACUGACUUGUGUGGAUUUACUCAAGAUACUACUGACAACUUUGACUGGGACAGACAUAAAGGCUACACUAGUACUAUAACAACUGGCCCAACUACAGAUCAUACUCUGCAAACCCCAGCAGGCUAUUACAUUUAUGUGGAGUCAUCAGCACCCAGAAGACCUGGAGACAAAGCCAGAAUUGAAACAAAAACUGUUCCAGGAAAUGCUGCAAGCUCUCAGUGUGUGAGUUUCUGGUACAGUAUGUACGGCAGCACCAUUGGGACACUCAAUGUUUACCUUAAAAGAAAUGGUGUCCUAGGCUCGGUUGCUUGGUUUAGAAUUCAUGAUCAAGGCUCUGGGUGGAAACAGGCCACAUUUAGCGUUCCAGCUGGGAGUUCCAGUUUUUCAGUGGUGUUUGAGGGUGUGGUAGGAAAUGGCAUCUACAGUGACAUUGCUUUGGAUGACAUAACUAUAAUGAACUCUGAUUGCUCACAUCCUGGUAACUGCAAUUUUGAUACUGGAAUGUGUACAUGGAAAAAUGAUCAAACACAUGAUAAUUUUGAUUGGUUAAUAACUAGUCAGUCAACUGGAUCUUUUAACACUGGCCCAGUACAAGAUCACACAAUGAAUAAUGCUACAGGCAAAUAUGUCUUUAUUGAUGCCUCUGCACCUCGUGUACAAGGAGAUAAAGCAUGGUUUGUCAGUCAAGAUUUAAGUCCAGAUAUGCCUUCUUGUCUUAAGUUUUGGUAUAACAUGAAUGGACCUACUGUAGGGACUUUAAAUAUAUGGGUCAAACAGAGUAGUGACAAUAGUCUUAGACCAAUAUGGUCACUCUCUGGGAAUCAAGGCCAAAGUUGGAUGAUUGGACAAGCUCUCAUACCUAGACAGACUGGCAGUUAUCAGGUCAUAUUUGAAGGAGUGCGUGGAAGUAACUGGAAUGGUGAUAUUGCUCUAGAUGACAUUACAUUUGAUAAUACUUCUUCAUGUGGAGUUUUCCCUACUGGUGCACGUACAUCCCUUACUGCUAUAACAAUUCCUCCAACUCGAAUUUCAACAACACAGUCUACAACUACUAGAGGAUUUUUGGGUUUUACUGUGGUAAAUGUGUUGGAUAAGUUGAAAUGCAAUUUUGAGACACCUUGUCAGUAUCAGAAUGAUGUGAAUGAUAAGACAAACUGGCUUAACAACACAGGAUCAACAUCUUCAAUUGGAACGGGACCACCAGCUGAUCAUACCUUAGGAACUGUUCAAGGACAUUACAUUUAUCUUGAAGCCUCUGCACCUGCUCAGCCUGGAGAUAAUGCCAAAUUUGUGUCACCUGCUUUUGGAGCUCCCCUAGGAAGCUAUUGUCUUUUUUUUUGGUACCACAUGUAUGGCUCUCAGAUGGGAACUUUAAAUGUUCAAUUGACAGAUGGCACAUCAAAUGCAGUUACUUUAUGGUCAAGACAUAGCAACCAAGGCAACCAAUGGAAUCUAGCUCAGGUUCCAUUAACAGUGAGAUCGAUAAACUCUAAGAUUAUUUUUGAAGGAAUAGUGGGUAGUGGAUACCUUAGUGAUAUAGCAUUAGACGACAUCUCAGUGAGUAACUCAACUUGCACACUGCCUCCUGCCUGUAAUUUUGAUCAAGGCAAUACUUGUAGUUGGACUCAGAUGGCUACAGGAGAUACUUUUGAUUGGACUUUACAAAAGGGGUCAACAACCAGUAUCGGAACUGGUCCAUCCAAUGAUCACACCACUAAUUCUGCAGCAGGUCAAUAUAUUUACAUUGAGACCAGUACUCCUAGACAUCAAGGAGAUACAGCUUAUCUUCUAAGUUCAAGUUUAGCAGCCACAAGUGGAAGCACUUCUUGUUUUAAAUUCUGGUACAGUAUGAAAGGUUCUUCCAUUGGCCAGCUAUCACUUAACUAUGUUUUGAAUGGUGUUUUGCCUGGCACACCAUUGUGGCAGUAUGGUAAAAAUCUAAAUUUUCAAGACUGGAACUUAGCUACAGUUCCUAUAAUUUCUGCCACUGGAUUCAAACUUCUUUUUAUUGGAACUGUUGGUGCAGGCUAUACUGGGGAUAUUGCUAUUGAUGACAUAACUUACACCACAGAAAACUGCCCUCUCUCACCAAGUGAUGCACGACCUUCUGGCCAAACAACACCUCAAACCAUUAUGACAACAACUAUCAAUCCAAACUCAGUAACAUCCAUAUCCACAUCCUUUGAUUGCAAUUUUGAGUCCAAUAUGUGUGCAUGGAUGAAUGACCAAACAGAUAAUUAUGACUGGUCAUGGGGUAGGACAGCAUCAGCAGUAGCAACGACAGUCAGUGGUUUACCUCACACAGACCAUACCACUAACACUGGAGGUGGACACUACGUUUAUUACGACAUGUCUCAAGGAACCGUAGGAGAUGAAGGCAGUACAGCCUAUUUAAUUAGUCCCAUUGUACAGAAGAGCGGAGGCAAAUGUUUGCGAUAUUGGUAUAAUAUGAACAGUAAUGUCAGAGAGUUAGGUGUUUAUGUAAAGAGAGGAAGUUCAUUAUCUUUACCUUUGCAACGCAUACUUGGUAGUCAAGGCCCUACUUGGAAACAAAAGGCAUUAUAUUUUAACUUAACUGGAGGAUACCAGAUUGUGUUUGUUGGCAAAAAAGGGAUUAUGGGGACACCUGGAAUAAUUGCACUUGAUGACAUCACUUUGAGAGAUGGUAUUUGUGAAGCUCAAACUGCCAGUACAUUUGCACUGACACCAUCAACUCCAUUUACAUGUGACUUUGAACAGUCUGAUUUGUGCUCAUUUACCCAAGGAACUAAUGAUACUUAUGAUUGGACAUGGCAACAGAGAUCUACAGAUUCUGUCUCCACUGGCCCAGAUAAUGAUCACACAUAUGCCACUUCAGCAGGCCAUUACCUUUACGCAGAAGCUUCGGGGGCAACAAGAAAAGCUGGAGACAUUGCUCGAAUGAACAGCCCAAUAUUUACCCCAGUUACCUACGAUAUUUGUCUGAAUUUCUACUACCAUAUGUUUGGAGCUAGCAUGGGCAGUCUUAACAUUAGGCUACAAACAGGGGCUAAUCUUCUGACCAUAAAGCCAGUGAUGUGGUCAAUGAGCGGUAAUCUUGGUAAUCAAUGGAAUCUUGGACAACUUACUAUGCCGAAUGCCAUGCUAAAAGAAAAUUUCCAGGUUGUCUUUGAAGCUGUGAGAGGUACAGAUUAUUUCAGUGAUAUUGCCAUAGAUGAUAUUUCUGUUAGAACAGGCCCAUGUCCAUCUCAAGCAACUUGUAAUUUUGAAUCCAGCUUGUGUAGCUUCACAAAUCUUCAUACAGAUGUAUUUGAUUGGAUUAGAUCUCAUGGACCAACAAGUACAAUAGGUACUGGACCAAACAGUGAUCACACUUUACAGACAUCACAAGGGUGGUACAUGUACUUAGAAGCCUCAUAUCCUCGUGUCAGUGGGGAUAAUGCUGUUCUUAGUAGUGAAAGACUCCCAGCAACAACAGGAAAUGGAGGAUGUUUUACUUUUUGGUAUCAUAUGUAUGGAAGUGGUAUUGGAACUCUGAAUAUUUAUUUGAGUAUAUCCCCUACUCAGAACUCAACUAUCUGGUCCUUGAGAGGCAACCAGCAGAAUGCAUGGCUAAAUGGUCAAGCACCAGUUAAUUCACCAUAUAGCAGUUUCUUUAUUUACAUUGAAGGUGUAAGGGGCAGUGAUUAUAAUGGUGACAUAGCUAUGGAUGAUGUCAGCUAUCAGACUACACCUUGUGGUUAUAUACCAGUAAAUGCCAAGCCUGGCAAUGUCACAGUGCUUGUACCUGGUUCUGCUGCAACACCUAUCCUGGGACCAGCAGAUUGUAACUUUGAUUUGGAUUUCUGUUCUUGGAGCCAAUCCACUACAGACAAAUUUGACUGGCAAAGGCAAGCUACUCGAGCUCCAACAACUGCUACAGGCCCAACCAAAGAUCAUGCAGGAAAUGGUUAUUUUACAUACAUGGAUUCAUCCUAUCCACACUUAGAAAAAGAUAAUGCAGUUUUAAUCAGUCCAGUACUAACAGGAUCAAAAUGCUUAACCUUUUGGUAUUUCAUGUGGGGUGAUCAUGUGAAUAAACUGAAUGUCUAUGCUGGAACAAGCAUGAACAUGCUGUUUUGGUUUAGACAAGGAACUCAAGGGAAACAGUGGAACCAGGCUAAUAUACACUUUACAAUCAGCUCUUCAUACAAGAUUUUCAUUGAAGGUGUUGUGGGAUCAGGACCAAAGGGAGAUAUUGCUAUAGACGACAUAACUGUUACCAGUGGAAACUGUUCACAAUCCAAUGUGGGCAUGUCUGGUCCCAGCUGUGAUUUUGAAACAGAUCUUUGUGAGUAUGUGCAAGACAGAACUGAUAAUUAUGACUGGAUUAGGCAGAGUGGUUCCACAACUUCAUAUGGUACUGGACCCACCAAUGAUCAUUCUUAUGGAACCCGAUAUGGUCAUUAUAUGUACACUGAAGCAAACAAUGCAUCUCCUGGACAGAGCGCUAGAUUAAUUGCCCCACAGAACAAAAUCACAACAGAUAUGUGCCUUGAAUUCUGGUACCAUAUGUAUGGAUCUGGGCAGGGAACUUUGUCAGUGAAAACUACAGUACAGAGUCAGAGCAAAACUCUGUGGACAAAGAGUGGUAAUCAAGGAAAUGUAUGGAACAGAGCCACCUUUGACAUUCCUGGAAGUCAGUACUAUACUGAUAUUAUAUUUGAAGAAAUCAGAGGCAGAGAUUUCUCUAGUGAUACUGCUAUUGAUGACAUUGUGUUGAAAUAUGGAAAAUGCUCUGAGUCUAAUGGAAACUGUGAUUUUGAGUUGGACUUGUGUUCAUGGACCAAUGUUUUAAAUGAUGAUAUGGACUGGGUUGUUGGAAUGGGGAACACUCAAUCCUCUGCUACAGGUCCAUCUAGUGACCACACAUAUGGAAAUAGCACAGGCAAAUAUUUAUACCUUGAAACAUCAAGUCCAAAUGUUGCUGGUUAUGUUGCUAUUCUUAGCAGUGAACUCUUUGGACCCAGAGAUUAUGUUUGCUUUCAUUUCUUCUAUAACAUGUAUGGUGCUAGUAUCGGCACUCUGCGUGUUCGUCUGGUUAGCUACAAUGCCAGUGCCAAUGGAUUACCAGAACUGAGUCGUCAAGUUUUAUGGGAACUAAGUGGUAAUCAGAAUCAAGGAUGGAAGGAAGGUGUCAUUCCAAUAGUUCCACAGAUGAACAGUUAUAAGGUUUUCAUUGAAGGUGUUGUUGGAUUUUCUUACACUGGUGACAUAGGCAUAGAUGAUUUGAAAUUCACCACUGACCAACCAUCUAACUGUAGAUUUACACCAAGUAACGCUGUAUACACUGCCACUACUGCUGUCACGGUUACACAACCUUCAGCUAAUAUUCCAGCUGGGUUUCAAUGUAAUUUUGACACUGAUCUCUGUGGCUGGCAGCAAGAUCAAACAGAUCAAAAAGAUUGGAUCAGACUAAGUGGAUCAACACCAUCUGCAUCCACUGGACCUUCACAAGAUCACACUAGUGGACAUGGAUUUUACAUGUAUCUGGAGACAUCUGUGGGCCAUUACAAUGAUACAGCCAGACUAAUAAGCCCUCAAAUCACAGACAAUUCUCCUCAGUGCUUUACAUUUUGGUACCACAUGUAUGGAACAAGUGUUAACAGCCUUGAUGUGCAACUUUGGGGUACCGAUAAUCGAUUCACACAAGCUUGGCAAACAAAUGGUACACAAGGAAAUGUCUGGAAGCAGGCUAGCAUAAAUAUAGGAGGUGGAGGAACAAACAUUGCACCAACAGCUAUGGUUGUGCUUGAAGCUGUUCAGGGUAGCUCAUUUGAUGGGGACAUAGCUAUUGAUGAUAUUAAUCUUGUCCCUGGAAUGUGUUCAAGUUCAAGUGGCUCACUUAUUGACUGUGACUUUGAAUCUCCUGAUAUUUGUGGUUACCUACAAGAUACAAUGGAUGUAUUUGACUGGACUAGAGCUAGUGGUGGAACUGAUUCAUACAAUACUGGACCAACAAAUGAUCAUACAUAUAAAACAAGUGCAGGCCACUACUUGUAUACUGAGGCUAGUGGUCGACGUUUAGGUGAUGCUGCUCGUAUUUGGUCAAGAGCAUUUACUCCUAAACCUGGACAGUGUUUAUCUUUCUUUUAUCACAUGUAUGGUGCUGGCAUGGGAAACUUAUCUAUUUCCUUUGGUCAGUGGGUUAACAAUGGACAAAGUGUCAAGUACUCUCCUGUAUGGAGUCUGAGUGGACCUCAACCAAAUAACUGGAUCCAGCAGUUAGUUCCAUUGCCUAACCCUCCAACCACUCCAAUUAGUCUUGUGUUUGAAGGAGAUAUUGGAUCAAGUUAUUUGAGUGACAUUGCAAUUGAUGAUAUAAAGUUACAAGAUUUCUGCUCCUCUCCAGGUGAUUGCACUUUUGAGACUGGACUUUGUGGCUGGCUUGCUUCUCAGUCUACUUUCAAUGGCAUUAUAGCCCAAUUCAUGAGAACCACUGCCAAUGCUGCAGUAUUUACUAACAAUUUACCUCAUCCUGUAGUUGAUCAUACAUUAAGCACUGGAAAUGGAAGCUAUAUGAUUCUAGUCUCUCCUGCAAAUAGUGCUAGACAACAAGGUCAAAGAGUGAAUUUAGUCUCAGAUGUUAUUCGAGCAACUGGCUCAAAUGGUGCUUGCUUCCACUUUUGGUUUGUUAACUAUGGAGCAACUUAUUCAUUCCUGUCAGUGGCCACAGAGAAUGGGCCUACACUUUGGCGUCAAAACAGCACAACAGCUACUCAGACAUUCACAGAAGCUCAGCUACCUAUUAUUAGUAGCACACCAUUUAAGAUUGUAUUCAAUCUUCAGUUAAGAGGUGGUCAAGGCUAUGUGGCUCUCGAUGACUUUUCUGUAACAGAUGGAUUUUGUCAAGUAAAACCAGCCAAUGCAGUUUUUGGAUCAUUACCAACACCACCACCAGGUCAAUCAACAGUAUCAAGCAUUUCAAGUGGACCAGCAUCUAAUGUUGACUGCAACUUUGAAAAAGAUCUUUGCUUUUGGCACCAAAAUACAAAUGAUCAAUUUGAUUGGACAAGACUGUCAGGGCGUACUGGAAGUAGCUUUACAGGACCCAGUGUAGAUCAUACUCUUAAAACAGAUUCUGGAUUUUACCUUUACAUUGAAACUUCUAGUCCAAGAAGACCAAAUGACACAGCUGUCAUUGAAAGUCCUGGAGUUACAAGCUCUGGCCCUAAAUGUUUGCACUUCUGGUACCAUAUGUUUGGUUUUGAUAUCAACACACUAAACAUGUACGCUGUAGCCCCAGGCUCCGUCAGAGUCUUAGUAUGGACAAGACAUGGUGCACAAGCUAAUGACUGGCUUGAUGCUGCAGUCACUUUACAGCUUACUGCUGGAACUACUAUUCAGUUUGAAGGUGUUCGUGGUACUGACUAUCAAGGAGACAUAGCUAUAGAUGAUAUUUCUUUGAUACCUGGAACUUGUGUUUCUGAUACAACUGCUAAUAGAUGUGACUUUGAAACUGACAUGUGUGGGUAUAGAUCUGAAACCACAGGACUUUGGCAGAGGUGGCAGAGUUCAACAUCAUCUAUUGCCACUGGACCUACAAAUGACCAUACAUAUGGUACAUCUCAAGGUCAUUACGCCUAUGCAGAAGCCUCUAGUCCCAGAAUGCCAGGUGAUAAAGUACGCAUGAUAGGCUUACCUCGUCCAGCUACAACUGCCAAGUGUGUCUCUUACUACUACCACAUGUAUGGUGUUAAUAUGGGAACAUUAGAAGUUCGAGUUAGAACUGGACCCAAUGUUGAAAGCAGUUUGUACACUCACAGCGGAAACCUAGGAGAUAAGUGGUACAAAAAUGAAGUCACUGUCAGGUCAUCAACUUCAUGGCAGCUUAUUUUUGAAUCCACCAUUGGCAAUGGCUAUGCUAGUGAUAUCGCCAUAGAUGAUAUAGUUAUUACUGAUGGAAGCUGUGGUGCUAGUGAAGGAUCAUGUGACUUUGAAACUAAUAUGUGUACCUGGAGCUCACUGCCUAGACCCAGUUCUUGGCUCUGGACAGCUGGUCAAGCUAUCUAUGGAUAUCAUCCAAGUGUUGACCACACUCUAGCAACAUCAUCAGGAAAGUAUCUGCUUCUAAGCUACAAAUCCAAUCUGAUAUCCAACAAAGCAGCCCUGGCCAGUCAGCCAAUGCCUCCAUUUAAUGGCAUCAAAUGCUUUACUUUCUGGUAUCUGAACUCAGGGCCUGGAAGCUGGUUGACCCUGUACCUAACAGACACCUCUAACAAUAAUUUAUAUCCCAUAUGGUCACAACCAAACUCCUACAUCAGUGAAUGGAGCUACGCCAGUGUUCCUAUCGGACCACAAACUUCAAACUAUAUUAUGGAGUUUGAUGGCCAGGUCAACUCGACUAAUGGAUAUGUUGCUAUUGAUGACUUUGUUGGAAAAAUAUCAACUGCAGCCAACUGUCCUUUAUACCCUGCUACAGCUGUACCUGUUAGGCAGCCAAUGACUUCUCCUCCAUCAACAACUCCUCUUGUACCAUUCAUACCUCUGUCUAAAUAUGACUGUAGCUUUGAGUCGGAUUUCUGCAACUGGACGCAGGAACAUGUUCAAGAUACAUUUGACUGGGUGCGGGCUCAAGGUCCCAAAGGUUCUGCUGCUACUGGUCCAGUGGUAGAUCACAGCUAUGGAACUGAUGCUGGAUGGUAUGCCUAUAUAACAUCUUCCUAUGUAGCCAAUCCUAAUCAAGCUCAAAACCAAACAGCUUGGCUAGUGUCGCCUAUGAUACCCAAUACAGUUUAUUGCUUUAACUUGUGGUAUCAUAUGUAUGGAUCACAUGUUGGCAGCUUAAAUAUUUACAAGUUAAAUACGGUAACCCAAAGAAAAGAUAAAUAUGCCUCACAGAGUGGAAAUCAUGGAAGUGCAUGGCAGUUUUUACAGAUCAAAUUUACUGGCAGUGGCAAUGACAAGAUUAUCAUAGAAGGUGUCAGAGGAACAAACAGUUUAGGUGACAUUGCUAUUGAUGAUAUAAUGGUUCAAGCUGGUUCAACCUGCCAUGCCCAAUUGGGCCCAUCAUGCUCAUUUGACUUUGGUGAUUGUGGGUGGAAUCAGAGCAGUGGUGAUAUAUUUAACUGGCAGAAAUUUCAAGGAUCAACAACCACAGUUGGCACUGGACCUGUUGCAGACCACACACUAGGAACUCAAUUUGGCUACUACUAUCAUAUAGAUGCUCGCCCACCUCGUGUGGCAGGAGAUUACUCUUACUUUGUCAGCCAAACCAUUACUGGUAAUAACAGUCAGUGUGUUAGAUUUUGGUAUAGCAUGAAUGGUGACAAUGUAGGGACGUUAGAGUUUGGAAUCAUGGCUGGUGACACAACUCUAGGGCCAUUCAGGUCUCUGUGGUCAAGAUCAGCUCAUCAGUCUGUGAAUUGGUUGCUAGGAGAAUCGACUAUCACAUAUCCAGGCCAAAGUUUUCAUAUUGUAUUCAAGGGAACAGUAGGCAAUGGCAUACGUGGAGACAUAGCUAUUGAUGACAUCACUUUAUCUCUUAAUGAAUGCCCUUUCAGAGGCAACAACGACUUUGAAAAUGGUUUAGACCUGUAUACAAAUUCAGUCGGUCAAAUUCAUGGAGAUAAGUUUGACUGGGUUGUGGCUUCAAGUGCACUCCCUCUUUUUGGAGUCAGCAUUCCUUUUAAUGACCAUACACUCCGAACCCAACAAGGCCAUUUUGCUAUAGCCAUGUUCACAGCUCAGGCUCCAGGAAACAAUGCUUAUUUAUACACACCAAUACACAACCCAGAUGAUUCAUGGUGUUUUACUUUUUACUAUUAUAUGACUGGUCAAGACCCUGGCAUGCUUAAUGUUUACUUAUAUAUACCUGAUCAAAACACUUUUACUCUACUUUGGUCACUUAAUGAUCAGAAGGAUAAUUGGAACUUAGCUCGAAUACCAGUUAGCUCCCCAUCUCACAAAUUUCAGCUUGUAUUUGAAGCCAAUGUUGGCACUAGGACAGAUGGUAUGAUAGCCCUGGAUGAUAUUGUAUCUCAAGAUUCACUUUGUACCACAUAUCCGGGCUCAGCAAGAAGAGGAGAUAUUAUGACUGCACCAACAAGAGCAUCGUCUACAGGCACUACACCUAUGCCAAGCCCUUACGACUGUACUUUUGAGUCAGCUAGUACCUGUACUUGGACUCAAUCAAAUACUGAUCAGUUUGAUUGGAGUGUGGUACAACCAAUUUCUCAAGGUCUUGUUAUGUAUGCCACAGCUCAAGAUCAUACACAAGGAACAAAUCAGGGCUUUACUCUGCAUAUGCCAACAAGUCAAAUACGCCAUCCUAAUGAUACUGCUGCAUUGACUUCACCCUCUCUACCCCCUGCUGGUGCCCUUCAUGGAGAUUGUUUAUCUUUCUGGUAUCGUCUGUAUGGUCCUUCUGUCGAUGGACUGCAGGUCUAUACAGUAACUGUCAAUACCAGAACUUUACUCUGGCAGCGGUUAGGAAGUCAAGGUCCAGAUUGGCGAUUAGCUCAAGUAGAAACCACUGGUACACAGUAUUAUCAGUAUCAAAUUGUUGGUUUGCGUGGUACUACAUAUCUUGGAGCUACCGAUGUAGAUGACAUCCACUAUUCAUCCUCUCCAUGUCCAUUUGCUGACUUUUCACUAAAUAACGACUGUGACUUUCAAAAUGGUAUGUGUGGUUUUGUUCAAAGCAUAACUGAUAAUUUUGAUUGGCUGCUGCACUCAUCAACAACUACCUCGACUGGAACAGGUCCAAACAGUGAUCAUACAUAUGGCACAAUGCAAGGACGGUAUGUUUAUGUUGAGGCUUCCAACAGAGCCCCUAAUCUAAGGGCCAGUCUUCUUACUCCAAAUAUGACAUUAAAUUAUCCUAGCAACUGUGUUAAGUUCUGGUACAAUAUGUAUGGCAGUACAAUGGGUUCACUUCGUGUGUACAGACUUUUCCGAGGUAAUCGACAGCAGCUGUGGAGUCGCUCUGGAAACCAGGGCCAGCAAUGGCAAAUGGCAGAGGUCUCAGUUUCAGGAGACAAUACAACAACAGUGAGUCUUGAGUUUGAGGGUGUAGUUGGCUCAUCAUAUCUCAGUGAUAUUGCACUAGAUGAUGUCAGCAUCAGAACUGGUCCUUGCGAUUCUUCUGACUCCUGCAAUUUUGAGUCAGGUUUUUGUACCUGGGCUAAUGUUAGGAUAGGAGACAAUUUUGAUUGGAUAAUUGGAUCAGGUUCAACUCCAUCAUUCAACACAGGACCCCAAGCUGAUAACACUGUGGGUGAUGGCACAGGUCAUUAUGCAUUUAUUGAGGCGAGUGCUCCACAAAGGGUGGGCGAUAGGGCUUACCUUGCAUCACAGAGAUUCUCUGGCAACCAAGUGCGCUGUCUACAUUUCUUUUACAACAUGUUUGGUCAAGGCAUUGGAACACUUAAUGUCUAUAUGAAUACAACCAGUUUACAGAAAGUAUGGUCACUUUCAGGCCCACAGGGGAGGUUAUGGAGUCCAGCUUCUGUAUCAUUUAAUAGCUUAGUGCCUUAUCAGAUUAUCAUUGAAGGAACUGUUGGCUCCAGCUAUGAAGGAGACAUUGCCAUUGAUGACAUUUUCUUUUCAAAUGACAACUGUGCUAUUAAUCCAGCCAAUGCUACUGUCAGAGGAAGCUCAUCCAGCACCACAGCUGCACCUUCAACUACUACCCAGAUAACAUCAGUACCAACACCCUAUGAUUGUAAUUUUGAAAGUGGGUUCUGUGGAUGGGUUCAAGACACACAAGAUCAAUUUGACUGGACCCGAUCACAAGGUCCCACAGGUUCUACUCAAACUGGACCACUGGUAGAUCACACAAAAGGAACUGCUCAAGGCUGGUAUGCUUAUAUAGAGGCCUCCACUCCUAGAGUAGCCAAUGACAGUGCUCGGUUGAUUAGCCAAGUCAUCAACCCUGGACAACGCUGCUUAAGAUUCUACUACGUCAUGUAUGGAACCACUGUCUACCAACUGAAUGUCUAUGUACAACAAGGCAGUCAAAAGACAAGAAUUUUCAGGAUGGAAGGAGAAAAAGGUUUAUCAUGGCUAAGUGCAAGCAUUCCCAUCAACCCUUGGACACCAUAUCAGCUGGUGAUAGAAGGUGUUAGAGGGUCUUCAUGGUCAGGUGAUAUUGCUAUUGAUGACAUCACUGUACCUACUGGGACUUGCCCUGAAAAAACAUUAGAUGCUGGUGCUUCAUCAUGUACAUUUGAAAAUCUACCAUCCAAUAACUCCCUCUGCGGGUACACACAAGAAACAGAUGAUAAUUUUGAUUGGUCAUUAAACAGUAAUGGUACUCAAACCCAGAAUACAGGACCAUAUACUGACCAUACCUAUGGUUCAUUCACUGGUCACUACAUUUAUACAGAGGGAUCUAGUCCACAGAAAGCUAAUGAUACAGCUAGAAUCAGAAGUCCAACCUAUGCUCCUGGAAUGAGUCAACAACACUGUCUAACAUUCUUCUAUCAAAUGUAUGGAGCUGACAUUGGUACUUUGAAUGUAUAUCAAGUGAGUUCUGGGAAAUCUGUUCACAGUAGUGUUCCUAUUUGGUCAAGAUCAUAUGACAUGGGCCCUGGCUGGAGGAAAGCUGAAAUGACUUUGGACUUGAUGGGCAAUUAUCAGCUUAUCUUUGAAGGUAUUGUUGGAUCUGGCUAUAGAAGUGAUAUUGCUUUGGAUGAUAUUGUUGUGAAGAAUGGAGCUUGUCCUAACCCAAGAACUUGCAGCUUCUCUAAUGACACCUGCUUGUGGCGCAAUCUUCAGGAUGGCUCAGAUGAUUUUGAUUGGCUUAGAAAUAAGGGAGAAACUGCUUCAUUCCAAACAGGCCCCAGCAGUGACCAUACUUCUGGAGGGCCAGGUGGUUACUAUAUGUACAUUGAAAGCAGUAAUCGACGCCUUGGUGAAAGAGCCAGAUUAGCCAGCCAGAUGUUUCCUGCAGUUAGCAAUCAAGACUAUUGCUUCAGCUUCUGGUAUAAUAUGUAUGGCGCUGACAUUGGAAGUUUGAAAGUUCUGGUUCUCAACAAUGCAAGCUAUGAUGCUAUUUCUUCAGAAGCCACCCUCUGGGAACUUGAUGGUCAAACUGGCCCUCAGUGGAUGGCGGCACAAGUCAACAUUAGCAGUGCUUACACACAUAAACCAUUUAUGGUGGUUCUGGAAGGUGUUGUAGGCAAAAGUUAUGGAGGUGACAUUGCAAUUGAUGACACUAGCAUUGACCCAUACUCAUGUCAGACUGUACCAGACUAUGCCCUGCCAACAACAGAUGCAUUAGAAAACGCUGAUUGUGAUUUUGAUCUCCAAACAUUCUGUAGUUGGUCAGGGUAUCCUAACAGAAAGUUAAGUUGGAUGUUGAUGUCACAUGGCACUCCUACUGUCAACACUGGACCUACUUCUGACCAUACUGGAUCAGGUGGAUUCUAUAUCUAUUUGGAGUCCAAUAAUGGUAAUCAGGGAGAUGAUGCAGUCCUUGUUUCACCAGUCUUACCCCCUUCCAUUGGCACAGCCUGCUUUUCAUUUUGGUAUCAUAUGUAUGGUGCUAACAUUGGACAACUCCAGCUUCUAACAAGUAUAGGGGGAGUAACUGUUGUGCAAUGGCAAAGGCAAGGAAAUCAAGCCAAUAGAUGGUUGCAGGCCUCUGUUACUCUUCAAAGUACUACUAACUAUCAGAUAUUCCUUAAAGCAAUCAGAGGCAAUGGUUUCCUAGGAGAUAUAGCUGUGGAUGACCUAGUACUUGUACACAAACCUUGUCCCCAUAGAGCACUGUGUGACUUUGAGCAAGACAUGUGUGGUUAUACACAAGAAUCUAAUGAUAACUUUGACUGGACAAGGAUUCAAACAGCCACAGCCACCUUUGGUACUGGACCAAAAUUUGAUCACAGCAUGAGCAGCACUAGAGGCUACUACAUCUACAUUGAGUCCUCACCUCCUAGAAAACCUGGGGAUAAAGCUAGAUUAGACUCACCUAUAUACCCUGGUGGUGGAGCUCAGUGUCUACAGUUUUACUAUCACAUGUAUGGUGCUGGCAUGGGAACCUUGUUUGUGUAUGAGCGUAUUGUUGGUGGGAUUGAUCAAAAUCUUAUUUGGUCCAUGAAUUCCAAUAGAGGAGAUGCUUGGUUAAAAGCACAAGCUAACAUAAACACACCUAAUGCUUUUCAGAUAAUAUUUGAGGGAAUUGUGGGAGCAAAUGCCACCAGUGACAUAGCACUUGAUGACAUACAGCUAUUACCUUCACCUUGUCCUAGUCCUGUUACAUGUGAUUUUGAAGGUGGAUUCUGUACAUUUACUAACAGAAGAGAUGAUGAUUAUGACUGGGUGCUUGUUACCCCUCAAGCUACAAGGUUUAAGUCUGACGUGCCUUCAGUAGACCAUACCACAGGCUCUAGUAAUGGUUACUUUGCCCUUGCCAACAUUCCUGCUAGUCCCUCUGGUAACAAACAUGCAUUGUUGGCUAGUAGUCUCCAACCACCAACAUCUGGACAGUGUCUUAGUUUUGCCUACUACAUUCAAGGAGAUGGUACUAUGUUCAUCUAUUUGGAGACCCCUGGAGCUAACAUUACCUUGCUACAGCUGACAAAUCCAGAUGGCAUUGAUAAAUCUUUCCAUUGGAAACAAACAUCUAUGGACGUUUUGUCAAAUACAUCAUACUAUAUUGGCAUUGACGCUCAGAGAAAUUUAAUUGGAGCAACAACAAUAGUCUUAGAUGAUGUUAAACUGGUUGAUGGACUUUGUUCUUUGCAAACGUCUCCUCCUCCUGCGACUAUUCCAACACUCCCACCUGCUCUGGCUGUAUUGUCAUGUGACUUUGAAGGCUUCCAACCUUUGUGUUAUUACACCCAGAAUACAGAUGAUAAUUUUGAUUGGAUAGUCAAUACAGGAAGCACCACCUCAGAUUCUACUGGCCCAGAUGCUGAUCACACUUUAGGAAAUAUAAAAGGUCAUUAUAUCCACAUUGAUGCCUCUGCUAAAAGUAACAAUGCUUCUGCCAGAAUAUCAAGUGCACAGUUCCGCAACACUAACUCACGCUGCUUAAGUUUUUGGUACCACAUGCACGGAGCUGACAUCAACAGACUGAAUGUUUACUUGUCCAACUCUACUGGACUUGGUCCAGCAAUCUGGACCAAACAAGGAGAGCAAGGAUUGAAUUGGUUGAAUGCUUUGGUAGAGCUUGGUGGGGAUGAUGGCUAUCACAAGGUUGUGUUUGAGGGUCUUGCUGGCUUGGGUUACAGAGGUGAUAUUGCUAUUGACGAUAUAGUGGUAUAUGAUGGGCCAUGUCCUAUGACAACUCUGUGUGACUUUGAAGACGAUGGCAUUUGUGGUUUUAAUCAAGACAUUUAUGAUGAUUUCAACUGGUUACGGCAUAGUGGCAGCACUGAUACUGUCGGAACUGGACCAACUGUUGACCACACCUAUGGAACACUUAGAGGUCACUACAUGUACAUUGAAACAUCAAGUCCUCGAGUCCCUGGUGAUGUAGCCCGAAUGCUGACCCCAGUAUACCCUGCAACAGAUGGUCGUUGUCUGAAAUACUGGUAUCACAUGUAUGGAAGUAGUAUGGGAACUCUGGCAGUUUAUCUGAGAGAUGUCCGUGGGAAUGAUCUGCUACUAGAUAAUAAAGUUGGAAACUUUGGAAACCAAUGGCUGUUGGCUCAAGUGGACUUAAUUUCUCUAACACCUUUCCAGGUGGUAUUUGAAGGUACUGUUGGCAGCAGUUACACUGGAGAUAUUGCUGUUGAUGAUGUGGAGGUCACCAAAGAGCCGUGUGUACAAAUGUAUGGCUGUGAUUUUGAAAGAGGACUUUGUUCUUGGACACAAAAUAAAUCUGAUAACCUGGACUGGAUUAUUAACCAUGGCUCAACUCCUUCAUAUGCUACUGGACCAUCUCAGGAUCAUACCAUAGCAUCAUUAGCAGGUCAAUACAUUUAUUUGGAGUCAAGUGCGCCAAGUAAACCUGGAGACGUUGCUGUAUUAGAUUCACAGAUGAUACCAGUUAUAGCUGACAAUGAUAUGUUUUGUUUCUCUCUCUGGUAUUUCAUGUAUGGAACAGAUAUUGGAUAUUUGAAUGUAACAAUGAAGACCAUUGAUGACACAUCCGCACAGACCAUCUACUCUCUAUUUGGACCCCAAGGGCAAAGCUGGAAGCAAGCUCUUAUCAAUAUACCAAAACCUUCAAAUACAUUCCAGAUUUCUGUGAUUGGAUCAGUAGGUUCAGGAUAUCUUAGUGAUAUAGCCUUGGAUGAUUUUCUGCUUAACCCUGGAUCCUGUCAGGAUAAUUCAAUAAUCAAUGGCAACUUUAGCUGUGGAGGAAUCAGAAAUCAAACUAUACCAAACUCUAAAGUUUGUGACUUCAUUAGAGAUUGCAUUGACACUGCCGCAGAUGAAAGCAAUUGUGGAGAUUGCUCUUUCCAAUAUGAUUGGUGCAGAUAUAUAGAUACCAGUGCUGGGGAUUAUGAAUGGAACAGAGGUUUCAAUGGCUCACUCAACACUAACACAGGACCAACCUAUGAUCACAACAAUGAUCCCACAGGUUACUACUUAUAUGUAGACAGUGCUCAUGGAUCAUAUUCAGAUAUGGCUGAAAUUCAAACAAAUUUUAAUUUUGGACCAUCUUCAGCAUCAUGUCAAAUUCAAUUCUAUUAUCACAUGUUUGGUUAUGGCAUUGGACGUUUAAUGGUUGUCUUAAGAGAAUCUCAAGAAGAUACCAUCAUUUUUGAAAAAGUUGGAGAUCAGGGAAAUAGAUGGAUCAAAGCCCUGGUAGAUGUAGGAAGAGUUGCUGUUCCUUUCAAGGUUCUGUUCAGAGCUACUAGAAGUUACAGUGUUAAUGGAGAUGUUGCUAUUGAUGAUAUUACUUUGAUCAACUGUGAAUAUCCAGCACCACAAGCAAGUUGCCUUUCUUAUCAGUUCACUUGUCAGAGAAAGGCAUGCAUAGACAACACUCGCAUUUGUGACUUCUCUGAUGACUGUGGGGACGGCAGUGAUGAAUUGAAUUGUGCUGCUUUUCCACUUCGUACUGACUUUGAGUACAGCUAUGGGGCAUGGAUGCAAGAUAAGACAGAUGAUUUUGAUUGGAUUCGACAGCAAGGAGCAACAGGGUCAGCAGAUACUGGACCAACACGUGAUCAUACCAGAGGAACAGUAAGAGGUCACUAUGUCUACAUUGAAACCUCAUCCCCUAGAGUUCCAGGGCAGAAAGCCAGACUACUAAGUCCUCUAGUGUCUGCUACAUCAAGCAAGAAAAGAUCUACCUCUUCCUGUCAGAUGAGAUUUUUCUAUCACAUGUAUGGAUCAUCCAUUGGCCAACUUAAUGUUUAUACCAGAACAAGUACUAAUGGACCUUUGAAAACACUGUUUUCUAAAACGAUAAACCAAGGUGACAGGUGGAUAAGACAAGAUCUGCAACUUUUAGAAACAUCUGAUUUCCAGAUUAUAAUUGAAGCAGUUGUAGGCUUAAGCUAUUUAGGGGACAUUGCCGUUGAUGAUAUUUCAUUGACAGAUGGAUGCAAGCUAAGUGCUAAUAACGUCCUACCUACAGGACUCCCACCUUCCUCAACGUCAAUUUCACCUUGUGGAUCAAACUUCAGAUGUGGUGAUGGCAAAUGCAUUCCACAAAGUUCCGUUUGUAAUUAUGUCUUGGAUUGUAACGAUGCAUCAGAUGAAGUUAACUGUGGGACAUGUAAUUUUGAAAGCAAUCAAUGUGGCUGGACAGACAAUAGUGUAGGUAUAUUUAGAUGGAUGAAUGUCUCCGUUUCUUCUGCCACUGGUCUGUUACCUAAAACAGAUUCUACAUACUCAGCUACUAAUCAAGGUCACUACCUGGCUGUAAGUCAAGGUCCUGGGCUGACUGUAACAGGAGCUGUAUUUAUAUCUCCACCUCUGAGAGCUUCAGGACCAAGUUGUCGUAUGGCUUUCUCUUACUACAUGAAUGGCGUAGGCUCUGGUAACCUGGCCAUACUCCUUCAGAAUUCUAUUUAUACUGGUACUAAUAGAGCUACUACUCUAUGGACUGUCAAUUCUUUGUCAUCUACAACUUGGACUAAAUACUCUGUGGACAUUGGUCAGCUUCCAGCUGGCUAUCAGAUUGUAAUCAAGAGCACACCACUAAAUGGUUAUCAGUAUGCUGUAGCCAUUGAUGACAUAGACUUUGUUGGAUGCCAACCUAAUACAACAUUCAACUUAAGCACAACAGCUCUUGAUUGCUCAUUUACUGGUGGUGAUUUUUGUGGCUACUUUGAGUCCAGAACUGAUGAUUUUGACUGGACACUCACUAACCAUGCUACACCAACUCUAGAUACUGGUCCAUCUGGUGACCACACCACAGGUCAUGACUACUACAUUUACAUUGAGUCUUCCUCACCACAAAAGUUUGGAGAUCGAGCUGUCCUGAUCUCUGCACUCAUGGCACCUACAACUUCCAAUAUGUGCCUGACCUUUUGGUACCACAUGUUUGGUGCUGAUAUUGACACUCUCAAUGUCUACCUUAUCAAUGGUGCUAACUAUUCUCGUAUCUGGACAAGAUCAGGUUCUCAUGGAAAUGUGUGGAGGCAAGGACAGGCUCCUGUUUUUUCAACUAAAAAUUAUCAGAUUUCCUUUGAAGGUACAGUGGGUCAUGGAUAUGGUGGUGACAUUGCAUUAGAUGAUAUUUCUGUGGUGAAUGGUCCAUGCCCACCUCAAGAUGUCUGUGAUUUUGAAAUUGAUCUUUGUGGUUAUACCAAUGUACAAGGAACUGAUAUAUUUGACUGGAUUCGAUGGGCUAAUCAAACUGCUUCAAGUGGCACUGGGCCUUCUACAGAUCACACUACUGCUAAUGGUUAUGGUUAUUACAUGCAUAUUGAUGCCUCUGGAAGAUCAAGUGGAGAUAAUGCUAAACUACUUGGUCCAUUGAUAACAGUAACAAAUGGUCAUUCUCACUGUAUCUAUUUCUGGUUCCAUAUGUAUGGUGCAGAUAUUGGUAGCCUUAAUGUUUAUGCAAGGACACAACACAAUGGAGAUUUGUUGAUCUGGACUAGAAGUGGUCAGCUGGGAGAUUACUGGUCACAAGGAAGAGCAACAAUUAAUGGCUCUCUAGGCACAUUCCAAGUGGUUUUUGAAGGUGUUGUUGGCAGAGGUUAUAGAGGUGACAUUGGCCUUGAUGAUUUGAGACUAGCAGAUGGAGUUUGCCCUCACAUUGGUAGCUGUGACUUUGAGUAUGAUAUGUGUGGCCUAUUUAACAGCUAUGGCAAUGACAAAUUUGACUGGCUGAGAAAUGCAGGCCAGACAACUACAUCCUUGACAGGACCUCCUGGAGAUCAUACAACAAACUCUGACCAAGGCUACUACAUGUAUAUUGAAUCCAGCAAUCAGGCACUUGGGAAUAGAGCCUGGCUGUAUACAGAUUUUAUUCCAGCUACUAGAGCUUCCUGCCUUACAUUUUGGUAUUACAUGUAUGGUUCAGAUGUUGGAACAUUAAGAGUAUAUCUGACCCAGUCUAACAAUGUGUCCAACGUUCUUUGGCAACUUUCUGGUAAUCAGGGAGCAGAGUGGAAACCAGUACAAUUAGCUUUGUCUAGUCCUGUAGAUUAUCAGAUCGUAUUUGAUGGUGAAGAAGGCAGUGGUUACCUAGGAGACAUUGCUAUAGAUGAUUUGCUGGUCACUGAUGGUGUUUGUGUCAACCUUACAACACCAUCCCCAACAGAUGUUACUGGGGCCUCAACAGUGACUUAUGCUCCAAGUCAGUGGGAUUGUAACUUUGAUGCAAAUAAUAUCUGUUCAUGGCACCAAGAUACAACAGAUAAAUUUGACUGGUCUGUCCAUAUGGGAGCAACAGACUCUUAUAACACUGGACCUACUGCUGACCACACUUCUGGCCAUGGUUAUUACAUUUACACAGAAAGUUCCGGCAGGUUUACCAAUGAUACUGCAAGAAUUUAUAGUGACAUCAUUCCUUUGACACCAGGAGGGGUGUGUGUCAAAUUUUGGUAUAACAUGUAUGGCAGUGAUACUGGAACUUUAAAUCUGUAUGCUAAACAAGGAGGAAAUCUUGGUCCUGUUAUAUGGAGAAGAAUAGGGGAACAAGGUCAGGCUUGGAAAUCUGGUUACGCUCACAUCAUACAGGGUAAUGGCACUAAUCAAAUACAGUUGGUCUUUGAAGGGGUCCUAACUGCUGGUUAUAUGGGUGAUAUGGCUCUCGAUGAUAUAACCGUGAGCUCUGGAUCUUGUAUGGAAUAUGGUGGUGAUUGUGAUUUUGAGUCAGCUGAUUUGUGUGAAUUCACUCAAGAUAAAACUGAUGACUUUGAUUGGACUAGGAAUCAAGGCACUAUAAACACUUACACUGGUCCUACUAUUGAUCAUACUUAUGGAACAAAGUUUGGUUACUACAUGGUCACAAAGUAUAACUAUACAUUGAGAACUGGUCAAAAGGCCAGGCUAAUUAGUGCUACACUAAAAGCAACAAAUGCCCAGUGCUUGACUUUCUAUUAUCAUAUGUUUGGUGCCAAUAUGGGAACGCUGAAUCUUUAUACUAAGAGCUUUGGAAGACUAUCUAGUGCCAUCUGGACAACGAGUGGUCAACAGUUGAACUUAUGGCUUCCAGCUCAAGUUACAUUAAGCAGUUCAACAGAUUUCCAGCUUGUGUUUGAAGGUGUCAUGGGUUUCCAAUCAACUGACAUGGCUAUAGAUGAUAUAUCUUUCAAACCUGGACCUUGUAAGCCAGCAGCCACUUGUGACUUUGAAGAUGGUCCAUGCCUUUUCUUUAAUACACCAACUGGAGAUGACUUUGAUUGGGAAAUACAUACAGGAUUUGAUCAUACACUUAAAACAUAUAAUGGUCAUGUUAUGAUGUUGGAUGGCACCAAGAAAACAAUGGGACAAAAAGCCAGACUACUUAGCCAAGUUCUACCACCAACUCCAGCCUCUUGCUUUAGCUUCUACUCCAAGUUAAACCAGAUCAAUGGUGGUACAUUGGUGGUCUAUAAGGACAGCAAUAUCUCUGGAAGCAGUAACUACCAAAAUCUCUAUACACUGACAGCUCCUCCAAAUCCUGACUGGAGAUUAGCACAAAUGGAUAUCACAUCCACCAAUCCUUAUAUGAUUAUAAUUGAAGGUGACAUAGCAGAUCCACUACAGAGCACUAUGUAUAUAGAUGAUGUAACAUUAACAGAUGGUCAUUGUGUGAAAGCACCAGAGACUUUUACUUGUGGAAAUGGAACAAACAUACAAACAAACAGAGUGUGUGACUUCCAUCAAGACUGCAACAAUAAUGCUGAUGAAUCUCAUUGUGGUGCUUGCACAUUUGAAUCUGAUUUGUGUGGCUUUGUAGAUCUGAGUAAAGGAUCUUUUGUUUGGAGACAGGCUACUGAUGCUGAUGCCACAGACGUUGUUGAUAGAAUUGGUGCUGACCACACUACUUCAACCACCAAUGGUCACUUUUUAUAUGUCACUGGACAAAGAGGGUUAGCUAACACUGAUGCCACUUUGAUAAGUCCACUGCUUCAACCAACAUUUGGAACUUGCCAAUUCCAAUUUUUUUACAAGAGAUAUGAUGCCAAACUGCAGGUCUAUGUCCAGGUUGGUGCUAGACAAAACUUGUUGUGGGAAACUACAGAUGUAGUUACUGGACCAAGAUGGGCAAAAGCCUUAGUGAGUAUUGGUCGCUAUAAUACUCCAAUCCAAGUUGUAAUCAAGGCAACCAGAAGCUACUCAUCACCUAGAACAGUGGCAAUAGAUGACACAAGCUUUUUGAACUGUGCCAAACCAACUCCUGGCACUGGUACCUGUGCUUUCACUCAGUUCAGAUGUUUAAAUCAAGUUUGUAUUGAUCCAAUUUAUAAAUGUGACUUAAAUGAUGACUGUGGUGAUGCUUCAGAUGAAUCUACCAGCUUAUGUUCAUCUGCUAACCAAUGCACAUUUGAAUCUGGGCUGUGCUCAUGGACUCAAGACACACAAGAUGAUCUGAACUGGCAGAUUCAUCAAGGCCCAACCUCAACUCCUAGCACAGGUCCAAGUGUUGACCAUACAACUGGACUUGAUACUGGACAUUUUAUUUACUUAGAAACAUCUUCUCCUAGUAAACAAGGACAGAAAGCAAGACUACUAAGCCCAGUUAUUAGUGCAACGUCACUCUCAAGUGGAUGUCAUUUGUCUUUCUUUUACCAUAUGUAUGGUGAUACAAUGGGCUUCUUCAAUAUUUAUAUCCUUACAGAGAAAGGAGGCUAUCCCACCUUAUUGUUUUCUAGACAGAAUCGUCAACAGAAUUACUGGGCCAGAGAUAUCAUACCUUUGAACAGCACAAAAAAUUUCCAGGUUUUGAUUGAAGGAGUUGUGGGAAAAGGUAACACUGGUGAUAUGGCUGUUGAUGAUAUCACUUUGUCUUCUGGAUGUCGUCUGAGUCCUACUGGAACCACCCUGCCCAACCCAAGCUAUGUAGUGACAACUCCAACUACCAUCCGACCAACAUGUCCUUAUUCUUUUGCUUGUGGCAGUUCAGAAUGUGUUCCACUUGUCAAAGUAUGUGACUUUGUAGCUAAUUGUAAAGAUGGAUCAGAUGAAGCUUUAUGUGGUCCUUGCAAUUUUGAAUCAGGUCUCUGUGGUUGGUCUUAUGCAAGCACAGGACAUUUUAAGUGGUCACUUAGCACCCAGACAGUUAUGGGAAAAGUUGGUCCAGCCUUAGACAGUACCAAUUCCUCAUCUGGGCACUACAUGUACAUUCAGCCAGACUUUGGGGUUACUCCAUCUCCAGCUGUUUUAAGGUCUCCUUAUCUUGGUGCCAUGUCCACUGCUUGUGUUAUGAACUUCAACUAUCAUUUACCAAAUACAGCUAAUGGCAACCUCUCAGUAGUUCUAGUCUAUCAAGGAGUUAGGAAUACAAUAUGGACUGCAACACGGGCUUCCACAAACUGGAUGCGAAGCUUCAUUUACAUUGGAAGAUUUGCCGGUCAACUGAUACCUAAAGGAACUCAGAUUGAAAUAGUUUAUCAACCAAGAGGAACUUACUCUCCAACUAUUGAUAUAGCAGCUGUUGACAAUAUAACAUUCGCAAUGUGUAACCCCAAUCAAGUGGUGCCUUCUUUAGCUUGCUCUUUUGAAACUAGAAAUCUGUGUGCAUGGUCCCAAAGUAAUGAUGACCAAUUUGAUUGGACUUUAUUUAAUGGAACCACAGCAACUUAUGGAACAGGUCCACGCGCUGCACAUACUGGAAGAUGGUACAUAUAUGCUGAAGCAUCUUCUCCUCAGAAAGCUAAUGAUACCACUUUGUUAAAGAGUCCAACAUUAUCUCCUACUACUUUCCAAGGCUUCUGUCUGACUUUCUGGUAUCACAUGCAUGGGUCAGACAUGGGCAGCUUAGCACUGCUAGUCAAACAUCCCUUUACAUCAUUUGAUACUCUUUGGUCUAUUAGUGGAACUCAAAGAGAUGACUGGAUUCAACAAAAUGUUUACAUCAAUAUGUCUAGAGAAUAUACACUGUAUUUCAAAGCUACAAUUGGCAAAGGUUUUGAAAGUGAUAUAGCCAUUGAUGACAUCUCAGUAUCUGCAGGACAAUGUCCAGCAUUGGCACAAUGUACUUUUGACUCUGGUUUCUGUGACUUUACCCAAGAAACAAAUGACAAAUUUGAUUGGUCUCUGGGCAGUGGUUCCACAGCGACUUUUGGAACAGGACCUAGUAAAGAUCAUACUUUAGGAUCAUCUCUUGGUAAAUAUGCCUACAUUGAAGCAUCAGGUCAGAUGACAGGUAACAAUGCUAUUUUAAAUAGUGGUACUUACCUUGGCUUCCAGUAUAGUAGAUUAGGGUGUUUGACCUUUUGGUAUCACAUGUAUGGCAAUGGUAUUGGAACACUUAAUGUCUAUAGAAAAGAUCAAGGAAAUAGUUCAACUGUAAACAUAUGGACUUUAUCUGGGCCUCAAGAAAAUAUGUGGAAAAAAGCAACUGUAUCAAUAAGGGCCCAAGGUAAUCCAUAUCAAAUUCAAUUUGAAGGCAUAGUAGGUACAGAUCUAGGUGAUAUUGCCAUAGAUGAUGUAUUGAUUAGACCAGGAAUGUGCCCUCCUGUUGCCUCAUGUACAUUUGAAAGGGAUCUGUGUAGCUAUAUCAAUCUCCAAGGAGACAACUUUGAUUGGAUACAGGACAGUGCUGGAACAGACUCUGCCAAUACUGGACCACAAGUAGAUCACACUACUGGUACAACUCGAGGUCAGUAUAUAUACAUAGAAACUUCAGGCAACUACAAACUGGGAGAUUCAGCCUUACUUCAGAGUGAACCAGUUCCAGCUAGCAACAGCAGCUGUCUAGACUUCUGGUACCACAUGUAUGGGGCUGGUAUAGGUCAACUGAAUGUCUACACCAAACCUUCAUCAGCUCCAUCUCGAACUCUUAUCUGGACACUUAGCAACAAUCAAGGCAACUUGUGGCAGCAUGCUAUUGUUCCUCUGUCUUAUUCCUACAUGUUUGAAAUAAUAUUUGAAGGUACCUAUGGUGGUAAUUACACGGGUGAUAUUGCACUGGAUGAUAUCAGUUACCAUAAUUCUCCUUGCUCUGGAGUGACUGCUUCACCUAUUACUCCUACCCUGCCUUCUUUUGUUACUUAUUCUAAGAGCCCUCUUGACUGUGACUUUGAAUCCAAAUGUGUUUGGAUACAAGAUACAACAGAUGACAUCAACUGGAGCCUAAUGUCCGGACCUACCUCUACAAAAGGAACUGGACCUCCAUCUGACCACACACUUCGUAAUGCUAAUGGUCACUACAUGUAUACAGAGGUAGGAUCUUCCCAAGCAAUGAAUGCGUCUGCCAGGUUGAUUAGCCCAACAUUUACAAUACCAACAAAUGGCAUCUGUUUUAAACUAGUGUAUUAUAUGUAUGGUGCUGCUAUCAAUCGUCUUAACAUUUAUGCUUCAACCCUCAACCCUAAUAAACAAGAGUUGCUGUGGACCAGAGUUGGUACACAGGGCCCAGAAUGGAAGUGGGCACAAAUACAUGUGCAAGACAUGGCCGGCCCUGGUUAUAUUACUGUGGAAGCUAUAACAGGCUCUGGUUAUACAGGAGAUAUAUCAAUAGAUGACUUGAUGAUGAACACAGGUAACUGUCCACCACACCCAGAAUGUGACUUUGAAGAUGGGGUCUGUGGUUACCAACAGAUUCAAACUGAUGACUUUGACUGGACUUUAAAUAGUGCAACAACCAGUACCACCAACACUGGACCACAGACUGACCACACAUUUGGAACUAAUGAAGGCCACUAUGCUUACAUUGAGUCAUCUUCACCUAGACUACAAGGAGACAAGGCCAGAUUACAAACUCAACUCUUUGAUUCAACCAGUGGAUCUUGUCUUUACUUCUGGAUCUCAAUGUUUGGGGAAACUAUGGGCACUCUCAAUGUCUAUCAACAAGAUGAAGGUGUGCCAGAUAGUGCUGCUACUUUAAUUUGGACUAAAUCUGGACAACAAGGUCCUAACUGGCAAUUAGGACAAGUAACUCUGGCCAAUCCCAGAAGAUUUUAUAUUAUAUUUGAGGGAGUAGUUGGCAAUGGUAUCUAUAGUGACUUGGCCAUUGAUGACAUAAGUAUGAAAUCAGGUCUGUGUCCAGGUAUUGGAAGCUGUGAUUUUGAAGGUGAUAUUUGCUCUUGGAUUAAUACACAAACAGGGGAUGUUUUUGAUUGGAUGAGGGCUAGAGGAUCAAGAAAUUAUGGCACUGUAGGCCCUCGUGUAGAUCACACACUGGGAACUGAGUUUGGUGGUUAUCUGGUUAUGGACAGUAAUGCACCUAGAAAGCAAGGAGACACCGCCUUAUUGUACUCCCCUGUUUUACAGAAUGGUACAAGUUACUGUUUGAAUUUCUGGUACAUGAUGAAUAACAAUGGGGAUGGUACUUUGAAUGUUAAUAUCAAAUCCUAUUCCCAAGGACAAAGAAGAAAUAUUUAUCAUUUACAAGGUAAUCAAGGCGCUGAUUGGAAAUCUUUGAGAAUAACUAUUGCCAAUGUCAGCACCAUCUUUGUCAUAGAGUUUGAAGGUAUUUUAGGACAAGUUGGUUAUAGUGACAUUGCUAUUGAUGACAUUGCCUUACAGUAUGCCUCUUGUGAGUCUCUACCUCAACCACAACAGGCUGAUAAUGCUUUUCACUGUACUAAAGAUAAUAAAUGGUUGUCAUUGAAUAAAGUGUGUGACUUUAAACCAGAUUGCAGUGAUGGAGAAGAAGAGUUGCAGUGUGGCUAUAAUUGUAAUUUUGACAACACUACCUGCAAUUGGAACAACACUAUGGGCAGUACAUAUAUUUGGACUAAAAAUCAAGGAGCCACACCAACUGCCAACACAGGACCAUCAGUAGAUCAUACACUAGGCACAAUUAAUGGUUCUUACAUGUAUGUAAGUGCUGGCAAUGGUUACUCUUAUGCUACUGCUUCAUUUCAAAGUCCAGUUCUUCAAAGAGCAGCCCCAACAUGUGAACUUGUCUUUUAUUUCCACAUGUGGGGCACAUCUAUUGGAACACUAUCUGUUCAGAGAAUAUCUGGUCUACAAACUUCUACAGUUUUCACAACUUCAAGAGACUAUGGAAACAAUUGGCAACAGAGUGUUGUACCCUUGGGUAAAUCUGAAACACCAUUUACAGUAGCUAUAUUAGCUCAACGCAGUUACAGCACUAGAGGGGAUAUAGCCAUAGAUGACAUCACAUUUAGAAACUGUGCUUUCCCAACCCCCAUUUCAAGCUGCACUGGACAAAAUACAUUUAAAUGUAAUAAUUCAGCUUGUAUUGAUCCUGUUCUAUUGUGUAAUUUGGAAGACAACUGUGGAGAUAAUUCAGAUGAAGAUCCAGCUUUAUGUAAAGCUUACGACAAGUGUACUUUUGAAAUAGACCUUUGUGAUUGGUCACAAGAACGUUUUGAUGACAACUUUGAUUGGACAAGAAGAAACAUGGGAACAAUGUCUACAUUAUCUGGACCUCAAGCUGACCACACAACAUCUUUAAAGUCUGGAUACUUUUUAUACAUUGAAACAUCAUCUCCAAGACUUCCAGGAGACAAAGCCUGGCUGCUAAGUCCAAUAUUAAAACCUACAACAACAUGUCAGUUGUCUCUUUAUGUGUUCAUGUAUGGUAAAGACAUUGACACAUUCUCAGUAUAUACCAGAACAGCAACAAAUGGCCCACUUACUGUUCAGAAAACAUUAAAAGGGGAGGCUGGUAAUUUCUGGCAACAGUGGAUUGUCCCAAUCUCAAGUAAUGCUACCUUCCAAAUUGUUCUUGAAGCUAUCAGAGGCUAUGGUAAUCUCGGGGAUAUAGCCAUUGAUGAUGUGGUGCUUCUACCAGGAUGUGUUGCGAGUACAGAUAACUUACCAGUGGUGGAUCUUGUUACAACAACUACAGCACCAAAUCCUUGUGGUGAAUCUAGUUUCUGGCAAUGUAAAGACAAGAAGCAAUGCAUUUACAGUAUUAAUGUUUGUGACUUUGCCUAUGAUUGCAAUGAUCAGUCAGAUGAGCAAGACUGUGGAGCCUGUACAUUUGAAACAUCUACAUGUGGCUGGCAUGACAUGAGUAGAAGCAGUUACAUAUGGGAUAGAGUCAACACUUCUUCAAGGGUUGUUGUGGCUAAACCAGCAAAUGACCAUACUCUAGGCAACCAGGGCAUAGGCUGGUAUAUGGUGAUACAUCCUACAGACAUUGGUUACGCGAGAAUGUCCAUACUUGAAUCUCCAUUGUAUGGAGCUACAGAAGCCAACUGUGAGAUACAGUUUUAUUAUUUCAGUGAUGGUAGUGGUAGAGUUUACCUUUUCUUAUAUCCAGAUGGAGUAACUAAAUAUGAUGCUGCUGAUCAAGGUAUUCGACUAUGGACUGGAUACUCCACCUAUGCUUGGCAAAUGGGCAAAGUCAGUAUUGGUUCUAGAGCCCCAGGGUUCAGGCUGAUAUUUAGAUAUGAGUAUGUGUCUCCCUUAAGAACAAAUGGCAUGGCUUUAGAUGACAUUACUUUUUCGAGUGGUUGUCAGCGUGGCGCUCCUACUAACAGUUGUUCUGCUGGAGAUUUCCUUUGUCCCUCAAGCAAUGAAUGUAAACCCUACGAUGAUGUUUGUGAUAUUGCACAUGAUUGUCAAAAUGGUGAUGAUGAAGAUGCAUUCUUGUGUAAAAAUUAUUAUAUGUGUAAUUUUGAAAGCGGUACAUGUGGAUUUGUGCAGGAUAACACUGAUAAUUUUGACUGGACUUUGAAUCAAGGCAGGACAUCUACUUCAAACACUGGACCAGAUAAUGACCACACCUUAGGAACAGCACUAGGUCAUUACAUGUAUAUUGAAUCUUCCAGUCCUAGACUUCCCAAUGAUACAGCAAGACUGAAGAGCCCUGUAUUCUUACCCAAUCCACAGGGCAAUUGCUACAUGAGAAUGUUUUACCACAUGCGGGGUCAACAUAUCAAUGCACUGAAUGUCUAUACAGAAACUAGAGAAGGUGGACCUUUAACACUUAAGUGGAGCAAGCAAGGGCCUCAGGGUGCUUUAUGGCUUAAGGCUAUCAUCAAACUAGAUGAUGUUCAAACCUUCAGAGUUGUAAUUGAAGGAGUUAGAGGAGUAAGUUAUGAUGGAGAUAUCGCAAUAGAUGACAUCACAUUUACUUCUGACUGUGUCAAGCUGGACACAGUGACCAUUCCUCCAGUCAGACCAACUGUAAAUCCGGGCAUAUGUAAGGCUGGUCUAGAAUUCCAAUGUGACGGUAAAUGUAAGCCACUAUCUCUUCUUUGUAACUUCCAUCAAGACUGCACUGAUAAUACAGAUGAAGUGAAUUGUCCAGCAGUUUGUGACUUUGAAACUAACAUGUGUGGCUGGGGAGCUUCUGGUUCAGUUGGAACAUGGACUAUUAAACAGGCUUCUACCUAUCCAGGUCAAGUGGAUGUAGCACCUGGCAACAGCAAUGGUCAUUUCUUAACAUCAACUGACCGCUCAGGUGUUUUACUCUCACCAUUUUUCUCAGGAGCUAGUGAGCUUUGUACAUUCUCCUUCUUUUUCAAGACUAACUACUAUCCUACAACUCUAUCACUGAGCAUUAGAGCUGGAGGCUUUGACAACCAGCUAUGGGGCUACAGUACGUAUGGCACAACCUUUUCAAAUUAUAAUUUAAAUAGCUGGCAGAAUGUCACUGUCCCACUUCCAAAAUGUUCAUCCGAUUUCCAGAUGGUCAUAUCAGAUAGUUUAAGCUAUUAUGCUAGUACAACAUUAUACUUGGACCAUUUUGCCUUCAAUAAUUGUGAUGUACCUGUUAGAGCAAUGUGCAAUCCAGGAGAAUUCCAAUGCAAAAGUGGGCAGUGCAUCCCAAGUGACCAAAUAUGUGAUCUAGAAACAGAUUGCUGCGAUGGUUCGGAUGAAGACAGCAUUAAAUGUUAUUAUUAUAGCAAAAACACAUUUGAAGGUGGACUUGGCAACUGGAAAAUGUCCACAGAUAGUCAGGACUGGACGAUCCAGCAGGGGUCUGCUAUGACUGGCUUUUAUACAUCAUCAGCUAAACCUCUCAAAGAUCACACCACCCAAUCUCAGUAUGGCCAUUAUUUGUACACAUCAUUUAGUUACCUUUCACCUAGUGCCAAAGCUGGUAUCACUUAUUCAUUGCCAGCACCUAAUGGUGAAUGUGAUGCUUCUUUUUGGUACUACAUAUCAGAUCAUAGCGCAGGAAAUAUAACUAUAUUUAGUAGUACAGCAGCAUCUGGUCAAAAACUAUUGUCUACUAUAUUACCACAAACCAUUAAUUCUUGGCAAAAGUCUUCUGUUAAAAUUACAGGAACAGAUCCAUUCCUAUUUAUUAUGAAAGCCAAUCAUGGUGUUAGCCAAACAGGAUAUUUUGCCAUUGAUGAUGUGGUCUUCAGUCCUGGCUGUAAUGUCCCCAUUAUUGCUACACCUCCACCACCAUUGACCACUUUAACUACACCAACUACAUCUCCUCGUAGUACAUUCAAACCUUGUGGUCCCAAUGAAUUCAGAUGUGCUACAAGUAACAUUUGUAUAGGCCAGAGUAAAGUGUGUGACUUCCAGGUGGAUUGCCUUGAUCAAAGUGAUGAGAACAAAUGUUCCACUCUGGGCUGUGAUUUCCAAACUGAUCUUUGUUCAUGGUACGAAGUCAAACCAGAUACAUUAGACUGGCAACAAGGAUCUUCAAAGAGUAAUCCCCCUGCUAAAGGUCCUACUUAUGAUGGUACACAACUCAAUGGAGGUGGUUAUGCUUAUCUUAAUGAUACAAAUAAUGGACAAACAAGAGGACAGACUGGAGCUUUAAGUUCUCAAAUAUUCAGCUCAUCAGGAGCAGGUUGCUCACUACAGUUUAGCUACUAUUUAUCAGGAUCCAAUGCUGGUAGCUUGUGUCUCAUACUAAACACUACAAAUCAACCUUUGGCAGCUCUGUGGCAGACAUCUCAGAGUUUGGGUCAGUGGACAUCAAUUACUGUCGGUAUUGGCCGCAGAACAUCACCCUUCUCUUUAACCUUUACACGUGCACCCUCUGAUUCAUUCUCUGGUCAAAUGGCUAUUGAUCAGUUUGAGUUUAUCCACUGUAGUCUACCAUUACCCCAAUCCUCUUGUGCUCAGCAUCAGUUUAGAUGUUCCAAUAAAGCCUGCAUUGAUGACUCUUAUCUUUGUGAUCAAGAAGAUGAUUGUGGAGAUAAUUCUGAUGAGACCUCUUGCUCUCAGUUCUUUACCACUGACUUUGAAAACUCACUUGGAAACUUUGUACAACUCUCUGAAGACCAAUUAGACUGGCAGAGUUGGGAUAGCUCGCAGAUACCACCAGAAACUUUACCUGGUGUUGACCAUUCAACAGGAUUAUCUACUGGCCAUUACAUGUUUGUCAAAGGUAGCAGUAACACUAAAGGAACUGAUGCUGGAACUUUGCUUUCCAAGACACUAGCUCCAACUAACAAUACAUUCUGUCAGAUUCGCUUCUAUGCAGUGAUUCCACAAGGCACUCAAAUCAAAGUCAGUUUUAGGACACACAGUGAUGGACAACCAGAUGGAAGUCUAAAUAUGAAAGAUCCAUAUCCUGGGACUUACUGGCAGCAUAUGGUAGCCAGUAUCACUUCAGAUAAACCAUUCCAGUUAAUGUUUCAAGGAAUGCCUGGUAGUCCCAGUGGAGCUCUGGCUAUUGAUGAUGUGGUCUUUGAUUCAGGCUGCAAAUUCAUUGAUGCACCAUUGCCUAAGUGGCCAACAAAACCUCCCUUGUGUAAUGCCUCCAUUCAGUACCAAUGUAUGUCUGAUCAAAAGUGUAUAGAUAUAUCUCACAAGUGCGAUGGUACCAUAGACUGUUCUGAUUCUAGUGAUGAAAAACAAUGUCCUUGCACUUUCUACUGUGAAAAUAGUGGACUUUGUAGUUAUGAUUCUAAUGGAUUUAGAAAGUGUCAAUGUGUCAAUUAUUACCAUGGUGAUCACUGUCAUUACUCUCCACACAUGACUGAACCGUCCACAACAACAACCACUACCACAACUACAACCACUACAACUACCACUGGCUCAACUAGCACUAGUACUUCCACCAGCACUACUCCAGGCAAAGCCACAGCACAGAAAUCUACAUCAGGAGGCAGCAGCAACACAUGGAAAGUACCUGUUGGAGUUGUCCUUGGUUUAGUGGCUCUGGCUGCUAUAGUGAUAGUGGUGAUCAUAUUCCUCAAGAAAACCAAUAGACUGUCCAAUAUAAGAUUCCGGAGAUUCGGCAGAUCAUCAGAUGUUCUGGAUGAAGGUGGUCUGAGUAAUCCUAUCUAUGAUUAUGGCAAUGGGGCAGGGUUUACUGCACUGCAGGAAAUACAGCCUCCAUCCUUUGAGAAACAUGAACCUAAGAAAUAUCAAAGUACACAUGCCAUGAAACUUCAGAAUGCUGCCAUGUCACUGGACAACCCUCUCUAUCAAGAGAAUUCUGAUGCUUAAGGCAAAGCAAAAUAGUUUUUCAAAUGAAUUUUUAUAGUCUUUUUUUUAUUACCAUUUUUUUAAAUUAAUUUAAAUUUUUUACAGUUUUUUAAAAUAAUUUAUUUGUUGUUGUUGAAAGUAUUGCUAUGCUAUAAAUUUCUGUAAAAAAUAUGCAUUAUUAUUCUCAUUUAGAAGUUUGUUAUAAAACUUGAACUAAAAUAGCAACACAUACCAUGAGAAGAAAACAAAGAGCUUCAGUAUUAUUAUAAAAUUAUCAAUAGUUGCCAAUAUCCCAAAUGUACUCUUUUAGUUUUCAGGUAUUAGGUUAAGAAGUUAUAGGAAAUGCGACUGUGCUAUUUAUAAAAAUGAUAUUUGUGCAUUGAGUUGUAGAUCUCUGUACAUCUUUUAGAAUUGUGGAGGUUUACUUUAAAAAAAAAAGUUGUGUUAUUGAUUAAAAACUUAUGUAUUAAAUUUUAUAUUGCUGUUUA